AUGGCGAGUUUUAACGAAAGUACAACAUUGGAUUUAAGCAGACAGCAAAUAAAUGAAUUCAAAAGACGUCUUCCAAUAUGGCAAUAUCGAGACGAGCUUCUCAAUGCUAUUCGCUCUAAGCCGCACAGCGUCAUAGUCUGCUCUACUGGAUCAGGCAAGACCACUCAAAUACCUCAAUUUCUCCUUGAAGCUGGUUAUGCUAAGAGUGGUGUUAUCGCCAUUACCCAGGUGAGAUGCUUAAAACCCUGUAUUGUUUGUAUGUGUUACAUAUGCAUGGUAUAG